AGCAGAGAUUAAUCCAAACAAUAUUAUUAUGAUAUAUUUCAGAACCAAGCAUGGCUACAACGAACAGGAGAUUGACGAGUUCUACAGCAGUUUUUCGGAUAUAUUGAACACUUCCUACGUCCCUCCGACGUACAUUAAAAGCAUGCAUACUCUCUUGUACGAUCUUGGGUUAACAUUGGAAACUUUACUUGCAAUGGUAAGCAAUGCUAGAUGACAUAUGUUUGUAUCAAAGACAGUCGAUUAAGAUUAUUUUGAGGAUCAAAUUGUCUACACCGUGGGCUGGUAAAACCCGACAGAUUUCAAAGGUGAAUUCUUCACCGCAUUUAGAGACUAAAAUGUCAUACAAAGUUUUCUGUAAUCGGUCUUGUUUUACAGAUACUGACAAUGCUUGUGAAAAUUUAUUUCUGUAAUAACUUAGUGAAAAACGCCUUUUUGGCAGCGACGCUGCCACUAUUUGUGACUUGGUUUAGACAUACAUACUGACAGACAGUUUAAAGGAAACUCGCAUUUUUUACCUGUAAAUAAAAAACUUUACUUAUUCGUUGUAGGUACUGUUAUCUGGUUUUGCCAAGAUUUAAAAAGCAAUAACGUGCGGUGAGCAGAAAAAGCAUUUUUUUUUUUAUAGAAAAAAAAAUUUUUUUGCUCCCUAUUAUGACCUCAGGAAUGCGUGGUUAAAAUCUGUCGGGUUUUACCAGCCCACGGUGGAUAUGGGACUCAUCGCAUUAAAGCAAUACAAAAUGGUAGUCAAAGUCUGACAAUCGUAGGUACUCUAGUCGAGAAAUCUUCGUAACAAACCAGCAAGUGAUUGUAACGUCAUGAUCACUCAGAAGCUGUCUUAAAGUAUGGAAAACAAUAUAUGUUUGGGUUUGUUAGAAUUUUAUCAAUCGUAAUUAAUCAAAUCCUGUAAAAGUGACCUGACAUCAAACUCAUAUUUGAAUAAUAUUGGAAUCAUAUCCGUUAGGUCUAAUUCGCGCGUUCAUUUUGCUCUGACUUCUCCGUACUCGUAUUAGUGUGAGCGAGACGCCAGCGUGAAUGAUAAGGUAACUGAUGUGAUAUCAAUAUGACUAAAGCCUGGUCAGAAACAAGACAAUGAAAAGAAAUUUGACCGGGCUGCACGUUUGAAUUGGCCUGCUAAUUUGUUGACAGUUGAGGAAGCCGUGCAGCGUUACCUUGGUGAAAUGCAGUUGGCGGUCCAGGCUGUACAAUUGCUCGGAGAUGUUCCGUGAGGUGGCCACUGUUGUUGGACAUUGUUGCCACUUCGACAUGGCUCACUUCAGGUUAGUAUCCACAGACCUAAUGUACGUUUUCGACGCAGACAACAAAGUUUCCAAGAUGACCAACUUCAUAUCUAUGUCGGAGUCCAAAUAUUAUGAUAUUGACAUUGAUUUAUUUGUCAUUGACGCAUCGGCAGACGUCAAGGCUCUUUCUCUGAGAAAGAGGAAAUGUUCAUUAAACAGCGACCACGGCAUCAGUGCAAAUCAAAAUUGCAUCGCCAUGUUGUUGAUGAUUAAAGUUGUGAACUACUGUAGAUGUCUACCUUUCAUGUAUACAGCUGAAGAUUUAUACGUGGAAAAUUUUCCAAAUUGCACAUGGGAGCAGCACUUGUGUAUCAAUUCGCAGUAUGAAAAGGCUUCCGGGGAAAUGCAAUCACUCAUCGGCAUACACGAUUGCUACCAGAGGUGUGACUACGUGGAGUACGACCCGAAGGCGGAGUCCAUAAGAAGGAUAAGGACUGGCCAGAAUGAUACCUACACAGAAGUGGCGAUCGCGUACGCAGCCAGCACCUGCAUGAAGUACAGGAGAGAGGUUAUCUACACUUGGGACCAGAUGCUAGCUAAUCUCGGCGGCAUAUUCGGCCUCUGCCUGGGCGGUUCAAUCAUUAGCGUCAUAGAAAUUGUAUGGUUUCUAAUGGACCUUCUCAUCACUACCUACACUUUCAAAGAAAAGAAACCACAAACAAAGAUAUUCGUCAUCGAACAAAACGUUUCUAACAAGAAUGAUAAAAGUGAGAAGAGAUACAAGUUUGUGAAAUAAUUUCCUUCUCCAAUUUCGUUGCGUUAUCGCUCGCCUACUCGCCUUCGGCUCGUGGCAAGAUAUGUCGGUACUCGUGAAGUAAUGAC